AUGAAGCGUCCAAGAGGUCGCUCAAAUGAACGUAUAGUUUCUGCUCUACGUGAGGGUGUAGCUGCUCUUAGUGUAUCUAGUGCAGCAGCUUCAAAGGAGCUAACAUGUCGUGAUGUUCACGUAAAUACUAUAGUUGAUUUUCUUAAUGAUAGUGUUCAUCCUGUUAUGCAGAUAUUUGGUAUGCCUGGAACUGGGAAAACAGCAUCUGUAAACCACGCUCUUGCUGUUCUUGCACAUUCAGCUCCUUCUGGAAGAAAACCAACUGCAGUAUUUCUUAAUGGUUACGUCAUUCAGAAAAGCUCUGAUAUAUACUGGACCUUAAAUUCUCAUUUAAGCAAGGCAAGGUUGGGUCAUAGUGAAAAUUGUUCACCUGAGCAAUGUGCUGCAUUAAUAGAAAAACGUUUUAGACAAGGUUGGGGUAGUUCUCCUACACCUUUGUGUAUGAUUGUUAUAGAUGAAGUAGAUAAAGUGUUGAAAAGGCAUCAUAAAGCUUUCUUCAGAAUUGUUGACUGGUUAAGUUUUCCUUUUGCAUUUUGUAAGUUGAUAACUAUAUCUAAUAGUAUGGAACUUGCAGCAGAUGCGAAGACUAGAAGUCGUUUAGAUAUAACAAAACGAUUAGUUUUUGAACCAUAUAGUUUUUCUGAAUUAAAAGAAAUUCUUUUACGAAGAGUUGAUCAUAUUAAACCUACUUUGUUCGCAGAAAAAGCUAUUAACUAUUUGUGUAAUCAAACAGCAUCACACUAUGGAGAUGUUAGACGUUUGCUACAAUCUGCAUCAGCUGCUGUUUGUGGUCUUAUGAUGAAAAUUGAAGAAGGUUAUCAACCUACAGAAGUAAAUGAUGGUUUAUUAGCUGUAAAAGAUGUGCAUGCAGUUGUUCGUCAAAUUUUUCAUGAUCGUUUCGUCGAAUUUAUUCAAACAAUUCGACUUCCUAUACUCUUUAUAAGUGUUGCUGUAAUAGCUAAUGAAACUACAAAAAUAUUUCAGACGAAUCCUAUUGAUAGUCGUUUGUCUCUGGAUACUCUUUUUGUUGCUACAAAGAGGGCUCAACAAACAUUUAGUGUAAAAUUAGGUGAACCUAAUUUUAUUGUCUUAAGUUAUGGGGCCUACUUGGAAAUUGUUGAGAUGCUUCGAGAAGUGGCAUUGAUUGAUAUAACAAUAGGAGAAGAAUGUAUUCCAGUUAAGUCUGCCCAAUACCUUCUUGAAGUAACAGAAAAAGCUUAUGUUUCAAUGUUACAACCAUUUCCAACUGUAGUAGAUUCGUGUAAAUUGCAUGACUUAUUUGGUGAAGGCAUAAGCCCACUUUUCAUUACUUAG